UCGGAUUAGAAAAAUAACAUGCUGGAGUUGCGGGAUAUUAUCGCACCAUACGAGGAAAGAACAUUGACUUUACCUCCUACGCCGGUGCCGUUUAUAAAAUUAGAAGAAAGUGAUGACAGUUUUUCGGUGCCGGCUGGUCAUCUACAGGCCACAGCGACGCAACCUUUUGAGGUAACGAAAGUUCUCGCUGGGACUGUGUCACGUAUCAACACUCUGUGUGAAGGAGAGGAUAUUAAACCGGUAUACGAUGUGGAGCUCGGGAAUUUUGGAAACCCUGGACACCGCCAUUGGCCUGGCGAUACGAUUGGGAUUUUAACUUACAAUCUGCAACAAGAUGUUGAUUAUUUGCUGGAUCACUUGGGUUUACAGCAUAAGGAUACAAUGGUGUGCCGGGUGGAACUAGACAAAAGUUCUUCGAAAAAGGCGGCCAAAGUUCCUCCGUUCGUCCCGCGAGUGGUUAACUACAGACGGCUUUUCAGCGAGUGCCUUGACCUACGGGCCGUACCGAAGAAGUCGUUUCUUCGCGGGAUGGCCCCAUAUGCAACGGACAUGGCCGAGAGACGAUUCCUUGAAAUACUUUGCGCUAAGGAAGGUACCGCAGAGUACGAAAAAUAUAUUCUUAAGCAAGGCAAAGGUUUCCUGUCAUUUCUAAAGCUGGUCCCAUCGUGUAAACUUCCCGUAACCUUGCUCGUAGAACAUCUACCCAAGUUGAUGCCUCGACCCUAUUCGAUUGCCAAUGCGUACCGUGAGGAAGCGAACCCUGUGAUUCGUCUUUUGUUCUCGCACAAUACCGGCGAACCAGGCAUCACGACCACUUACUUGCGCGGAGUACAGCCUAAUGCAAUCGUACACUUUUAUUUUCGGCAUAGCAGUGAGUUUAUUUACAAAGAUAGUGACUUUGUCAGCGAUAUUGUAAUGAUAGGAACCGGAACCGGAAUUUCUCCAUAUCUUGCAUUUCUCGAGCAACGUGCAUUUUGCCGUCGACAGGGAAGCCCUAUCGGAAGGGCGGAAUUGAUCAUAGGAUUUCGUUACCGGGAUCGGAACUACUUAUGUCAGGGCGAGAUUUUGCGAUAUCAGCAAAUGGGUGUGUUAGACGCGUGCCAUGAGGUAUUCUCUCGGGAUGAAGACUCAAAGUUUAAAUACGUUCAAGAUUUCGUAGCAGCCAACAAAAUUUUGAUCGAGCGUACGAUAGAUCAAAACGGUAUAUUUUAUGUUUGCGGCGAUGCGAAGAAAUUUCUCCCGCAAGUUUCGGAGACGUUAACGCGAACAAUUGGAAGUGCUGGACAGUGUACCGAAAGUGUUCGCAGUACUAAUGUGAAUACGUUGAAAGCAGCUGGGAAAUAUCGAGAAGAUGUUUGGUUGUGAACUUUAAUUCUGUCACAAAGUUGUUCUUCGGAAAGUGUUAUUAUUCAUUAACAGAACAUCAUGACAAUAUCAAAUUUCUUUCCUUUUUUGAAUUGCCCAUUGUAGUUUUCACACACGAUAUAUCACUUACCAUGGCGCAGUCGUCGAUUUGAACUGAGGGUUUCGGAUGGCAGUCGAGGGUGGAAAUAUUCGACUAACAAACAGAAAAUUUGCUCUAUAAAUAUUAUAUUCUAAACAUAGACUUGUUCCGUCAGUUUAUUGUAGGAUAGUACAAAAAGCUUCAUUACAAUAUUUAUGUUUUGCAACCGAACAGGGUAGUGUUUGUAUAUAAGCGGUGUCAGGUAUAAUAAAAAAAUUAAUACAUUCCUAAUACCAUCUAAUAUCGUAUCUUCGUUACGACUGCGACAAGACGAGCACGGGAAGGCAAUGCUAAUUUGUGAUAGAAGUUGCAAAUAUAUUUUCAUCAUAUGUGCGUCUACUGUACUGAGCGAUGCGGUUAAAUGCAGAUUGCACCCGAACAGAAUUGUUCCCUCGUAUAGUCAAUUUGAUGUAUAAACUAGAUGCUGUUUGCUUUACGAGCACAUCAUCAUUCUACCC